AUGUUUCAUAUUAAACAAAAUAUUAUUAAUUAACCAGCCAUUCCCAGGCUGAAAUAAUCCCAGUGUUCAGUCCAAAGAGUGUCUGCAAUCUGCCUGUAAUUCUGGCUGUGCCUGCCAUUGGCCCAGGGCUUUGCAAACACAGCUGAGAACUGAUAACAGCAGCUCAUAAAACCCCUGGGUUGAUGCUGGACUUCACAGUGAGGAGCAGCAGAUGAAGGAACCACAGAAACUUUAAGAUGGGCAAGAAGUUCAGUGGGCUGGAGCUCACCCUGAUCAUCCUCUUCUCCGUGGUGGUAGUGAUCCUCUGUGUCCUCAUUGGGUUGUUGGCCACGGGGCAAUCCGGAGUGAAAUCUCCAGACUUUUACCCACAAUGUCAGAAGAUACCAGUAGCAGAGAGAAUCGACUGCAUCCCGGAUCAAUUGGCAACACAGAGCACCUGCUCCCUCCGUGGCUGCUGCUGGAGCCCCCAGAGCGACACCAGUGUGCCCUGGUGCUUCUUCUCCCCCAAACACGGCUACAAAGUGCAGGGCUCCCAGAAAUCCACCCAGGCAGGAUUUGAGGCCACGUUGAAAAGGCUGCCAUCCCCUUCCCUCUUCGGGAACGACAUCCACACGGUGCUGCUCACAGGAGAGUAUCAGACACCCAAUCGCUUCCGAUUCAAGAUCACUGACCCCAACUCACAAAGAUUCGAGGUCCCUCACGAGCACGUGAGGCCGUUCACGGGGUCCGCGGCCACCGGCCUCAACUACAAGGUGGAGCUGAAGCAGGAACCCUUCGGCAUCGUGGUGACCAGAGCGAGCAAUGGCAAAGUGCUGUUUGACACAACCAUUGGCCCCCUGCAGUACUCUGACCAGUUCCUGCAGCUCUCCAUCAAACUGCCCAGCAGCAACAUCUACGGCGUGGGGGAGCACGUGCACAAACAGUACAGGCACGAUGUCAACUGGAAAACCUGGCCUAUUUUCAGCAGGGACACUGGCCCCUCUGCAGCAAUGGAUAACUUAUAUGGAGCCCAGACUUUCUUCCUGUGUUUGGAAGAUGACACUGGAGCCUCCUUUGGUGUUUUCCUGAUGAACAGCAAUGCCAUGGAGUUUGUGGUGCAGCCUGCUCCAGCUGUGACCUACAGAACCAUCGGGGGCAUCCUGGAUUUCUACAUCUUCCUGGGGAACACUCCAGAGCAAGUAGUCCAGGAGUACCUGAAGCUCGUGGGACUGCCAGCACUGCCCUCCUACUGGAGCCUGGGAUUCCAGCUCAGCCGCUAUGGUUACAGGUCCCUGGAUGAGGUGAAGGAAGUUGUGGAGAGGAACAGGGCCAUCGGGCUGCCCUAUGAUACCCAAGUCAUUGACAUUGAUUAUAUGGAGGAAAGGAAAGAUUUUACUUAUGACAAAGUGAACUUCAAAAAUCUCCCUGAAUUUGCAGCUUAUUUGCAUGACUAUGGACAAAAAUAUGUCAUCAUAUUGGAUCCUGCCAUUAGCACCCAAAAUCUGGUUGAUGGAAGUUCCUAUGGAAGCUACGUCAGGGGAACGCAGAGAAAAGUCUGGAUUAAUGAAUCAGAUGGAGUAACAGCACUGCUUGGGGAGGUGUGGCCAGGGGAAACUGUGUUCCCAGACUUCACCAACCCUGAAUGCACGAGCUGGUGGGUGAACGAGUGCAAAUUGUUCCAUGACACUGUGCCCUAUGAUGGGCUCUGGAUUGAUAUGAAUGAAGUGUGCAACUUUGUUCAAGGCUCAAAAGGUGGUUGUGCACAGAAUGAGUUAAACUACCCUCCUUACACUCCCCAUAUUCUUGACAGACUCUUGUAUUCCAAGACAAUUUGCAUGGACGCAGUGCAGAACUGGGGGAAGCAGUAUGAUGUCCACAAUCUUUAUGGAUAUUCCAUGAUCUUAUCCAGUAAAAAAGCCAUUGAGGAGGUCUUUCCUGGAAAGAGAAGCUUCCUCAUUUCGAGGUCUACUUUUGCGGGAUCGGGAAAGCACUCAGGACACUGGCUGGGGGAUAAUGCAGCAACGUGGGAUCACCUGAGAUGGGCAAUCCCUGGAAUGCUGGAGUUUAACCUCUUUGGAAUUCCUUAUAUUGGAGCAGAUAUUUGUGGUUUCGGUGGCGACACCACAGAGGAACUUUGCAGACGAUGGAUGCAGGUGGGAGCAUUUUACCCAUUCUCCAGGAACCACAAUGCUAUAGAUUCCACAUCUCAAGAUCCAGCUGUAUUUGGAGCCAACUCCUUGUUGGUGAACAGCUCCAAGCAUUACCUGAACAUUCGCUACACUUUGCUGCCCUACCUGUACACGCUGCUCUACAAAGCUCACACCCAAGGGCACACGGUCGUGAGGCCACUGCUACACGAGUUCUACUCUGAUGAAAUAACAUGGAACAUCGACAGGCAGUUCCUGUGGGGCCCUGGGCUGCUGAUUUCCCCUGUUCUUGAGCCGGGUAUGGAGUACACUCGUGUGUACUUUCCUGAUGCAGCGUGGUACGAGUAUGACACGGGCGAACCAGUCCUUAUGAGGAAAUUGUGGCACGAUUUACAAACCCCAAAGGAAAAAAUGGGGCUGCACCUGAGAGGAGGAUACAUUUUCCCUACUCAGCAACCAGGCAACACCACAGUGGCAAGCCGCAAGAAUCCAAUGGGACUCAUAAUUGCCCUGGAUAUCAACAAUGAAGCUUCUGGGGAUUUGUUCUGGGAUGAUGGAGAAUCUACAGGUACAAUUGAGAAUAAAGCCUACAUUUACUAUGAGUUUAAAGUUUCCAAUAAUGUUCUACAAAUGACUGCUACACACAGCAAUUACACUGAUCCAAACAACCUGAAAUUUGAGGAAAUCAAGAUUCUGGGAUUGUCCCAGGAAGUGACAGCAGUUUCUGUGUCUCAGGACAAUGUUGUGCAAAAUUAUCCCCUUAAUAUCACCUAUGAUCCUGUGAGAAAGGUUGCUGUUAUAAGAGGACUUCAGCUUGAACUGGGAAAAUCUUACACAAUCAACUGGACUCUCAGUGUGAGCACCAAUGAAAGGUUUGAUUGUUAUCCCAACCUCGAUCCAACAAAAGAAAAAUGUGAACAACUUGGCUGUACCUGGGAAGAGACACCAAAUUCGAGUGUUCCUGCCUGCUAUUACAGCUCCAACAAUCCUUACUCUGUCAUGAGCCUAAAUUAUUCCUCCACUGGAAUCGUAGCCACCCUCAGCUUGGACAGUGCCAAGGUCAGAGCUAACGAGAAUGCCACGGCCCCAAUCAGCACCCUACUCCUGGAGGUGAAAUAUCAUCGCAACAACAUGCUGCAGUUCAAGAUCUCUGAUUCCCAAAGCCCACGAUAUGAGGUUCCAGUGCCCCUGAACCUGCCCAGCUCCCCCACGAGCACGAGCCAGGACCGGCUCUAUGAGGUCGCAAUCCAGAUCAAACCCUUUGGGAUCCGAAUCCGCCGCAAAAGCACGGGGACAGUCAUCUGGGAUUCAGGCCUGCCCACCUUCACCUUCAGCGACAUGUUCAUUCAGAUUUCCACCCGCUUGGCAUCCCAGUACAUCUACGGAUUUGGAGAAGCUGAGCACCCCACGUUCCGACACAACAUGGACUGGCACACCUGGGGAAUGUUCACCAGGGACCAGCCUCCAACUUACAAGAUGAACUCCUACGGUUAUCAGCCAUUUUAUAUGGCUCUUGAAGAAGAUGGCAAUGCCCACGGUGUUCUCUUGCUUAACAGCAAUGCGAUGGAUGUGACUUUCCAGCCCACCCCUGCCCUGACCUACCGCACCAUCGGAGGAAUUCUCGACUUCUACAUGGUCUUGGGCCCAACUCCUGAACUCGUGGUUCAAGAAUACACUGAACUGGUUGGCCGCCCAGUCAUGCCACCCUACUGGUCCUUGGGAUUCCAGCUGUGCCGCUACGGAUACGCGAACGACUCGGAGAUCGCCCAGCUGGUGGAGGAAAUGAAGGCAGCUCAGAUUCCCUAUGAUGUCCAGUAUGCAGAUAUUGACUACAUGGACCGGCAAAUGGACUUCACCAUUAGCCCACGCUUUGCUGGAUUACCGGCUCUGAUCGACAAAAUCAAAGCAGAAGGAAUGAGAUUUAUCAUUAUCCUGGAUCCAGCCAUUUCUGGGAAUGAAACCGAUUAUCCUACCUUCUCCAGAGGUGUGGACAAUGAUGUCUUCAUAAAACGGCCUGGUACCAAUGAAAUUUUAUAUUCCAAGGUCUGGCCAUUUCUUCCCAAUGUCCAAGUCAAUGAGUCACUACCUGAACAAACACAAAUACAGCUCUACGGAGCACAUGCUGCUUUCCCAGACUUCUUCCGCAAUUCCACGGCGGAGUGGUGGAAGAAGGAAAUCCUGGAGGCCUACAGCAACCCCAACGCCUCGAGAAGCCUCAAGUUUGAUGGCCUGUGGACUGACAUGAAUGAACCAGCAGCUUUUGUGAAUGGUGCCUUGGAUGGCUGUAGGAAUGACCUCCUAAAUAAUCCUCCCUAUAUGCCUGGUUUGGGAUACAGGUCAGAAGGAUUACCCUACAAAACUAUGUGCAUGGAAGCUCAACAAUACCUCGCAGAUGGGACCCCAGUCAGACACUACGAUGUCCACAGCCUUUAUGGAUGGUCCCAAGCCAAACCCACGCUGGAAGCUUUGCAGAAUGCCACCAAGGAGCGCGGGAUCAUCAUCACCCGGUCCACGUACCCCAGCAGCGGGCGGUGGUCAGGGCACUGGCUGGGGGACAACACGGCAGCCUGGGAUCAGCUGCCCAAAUCUGUGGUUGGUAUGCUGGAGUUCAGUCUCUUUGGAAUAUCUUAUACAGGAGCUGAUAUCUGUGGCUUCUUCCGAGACGCAGAGUACGAGAUGUGCCUCCGCUGGAUGCAGCUGGGUGCAUUUUACCCAUUUUCGAGGAAUCACAAUGAGAAAGGAACAAGGAGGCAAGAUCCUGCUGCCUGGAAUGCCACAUUCCACAGCAUUUCCAGGAACGUGCUGAGCAUCAGAUACACCCUGUUGCCUUAUCUCUACACCUUAAUGCAUGACGCCCACGCCCACGGCAGCACCGUGAUCCGCCCCCUUCUCCACGAGUUUGUGGAGGACAGAAAAACGUGGGAUAUCGACCAGCAGUUCCUCUGGGGUCCUGCCCUGCUCAUCAGCCCCGUGAUGCAACCGGAUGCUCGAAGUGUGGAGGCUUAUUUCCCCAAUGCCCGCUGGUAUGAUUACUACACAGAGGCAGAUACUGGCUUUAGGGGACAGCUCCAAACUUUACAAGCUCCUUUGGAUCAUAUCAACCUGCAUAUCCGAGGUGGAUACAUCCUGCCUUGGCAGAUACCUGCUAAUACAACUGCUUACAGCCGGAAGAACGCAAUGGGACUCACGGUGGCCCUGGAUGAUGCUCUGUUUGCAGAAGGACACCUUUACUGGGAUGAUGGGGUUCGCAUUGAUGCAUAUGAAGAUGGUGUUUACCUGCUAACAUCAUUUACUGCUAAUCAGACUGUUUUGGAUAUCAGAGUUAUACAUCAGAAUUACACUGAUCCAAACAACCUGAUGUUUACUGACAUCAAAGUCCUGGGGGUGCCCACCAGUGUCCAGCAGGUGACAGUGUCUCAGAAUGGGCAGGCAAUCCCAUCAUCCCCCGACGUGGUCUAUGAGAGCAACAAGAAGCUCCUGACAAUCACCAAGCUCCAGCUGCAACUGGGCCAGAACUACACCCUGCAAUGGAGCUGAAAUGGAAAAUAACAUCAGCCACACCACUGGGUUUUCUCAGACUUGCAAAACCUCUUUCAAUUUUUCCCUUAAAACCACACCAGCACAGCCAGUUUGUACCCAGGUAUUUUGUGUACAAAGCAGUCACGUGCCAGUGGUGACACUUAAGGAGAACUUCAUCUUUGAAAGCUGAGAACUGAAGGGAAAACUCUGUUUUUUCAGAGUAGAAUUCCUGUCUUAGUAUCUAAUACAUUUUGUGAAAAAAGAUGCAGCUGUUGUUACCUAAGUGGAGUUGGAGGCAUUAUUUUGCCCAUGUCUCAAUUCCAUCCUAAUUUUAAUUACACCCAUGCAAGUUACUACUAUGGAGAAGAAUUGAAGUAAAAGCAAAUGUUUUCAGAUGACUGAUUUAGCAUGAAAUAAUAUUUCAAGUUCUUGAUCUACAAAAUACUCAAAUACUUGAAAAAAUCAUUUGAAGUUGAGGGGGUUUUGUACAACUUCAGCCACAUCUUUGUGUUUCCCAUGUUUGAACCUGAAGUUGUAAAAUUAAACCUGAGGUUUCAAG